AUGAAAAGGCGUUACAGGAUUGACUUGGAACGACUUGGAAGAUAUGAUCAGUAUUCUCAGUGUCAGCCUCCUCUGCUAACAACUGUGCGCCAUGGCAACCACCAAUCAGCUAGCGAGCACCUGUGCGUGUGUGCUCUCUGUGUGUACGAGGAGCACAAGGGCCAUGAAAUCAUCCCUCUGAAGGACGCCUGUGACCAGCAGAAGAUACAGCUGCAGACGGCGGACCACCUCCUCCAGGAGAACAUCAACAGCAGAGUGAAAAAGAUCACUGAGCUGCGUGGCUCUGUGAGAGUCAGUCAUGCUGCUGCAAACAGAGAGCUUUCUGAUGGAGUCCAAGUGUUCAAAGCUCUGAAGGAGAGUGUGGAGAGAGGACUGGACCUCCUCAUCUCAGAGAUCAACAAGAAGAAGAGCCACACAGAGCAGCAGGCUGGAGCUCUUAUCCAGGAGAUAGAGCAGGAGCUCUGUGAGCUGAAGAAGAGAAGGGCAGAGGUGAAGCAGCACUUUCAAGAUGAAGACCCCAUCCUCCUGCUGAAAACCUCUCAAAUGAACCCAGAGACACCAACCAGAGACUGGACAAGUGCCUCAGUCUGUGCCCCCACAUAUCGAGGCUCUGUGGCCAGAGCAGUGAGUCAGCUCGAGCAGGAGUUCAAUGAGAAGACCAGGAGGCUGUUUCAGGAGGAGCUCAGGAGAGUCAAAACAAACAGAGUACAUGUGCCUUUGGAGACAAAGUCCUCUGAAAUCACAGUCCAACAAGGAAAAGAUCACAGUGAACCCUCACAAAGCACAAAGGCAGUGAGUCUUUCUGAUGGAGGUUACAUUGAGGCUCAGGUCAGGGGAAAAGCAGAGUGGACUUUAGGAGUGGCUCAGGAGUCAGUCAACAGAAAAGGCUCUCUAACACUGAAUCCACAGAACGGUUUCUGGACCCUGAGUUUAAAGGAUGGAAGGUUAUAUGUUUCUGACAACCCGAAAAUCUCUGUUCUAACAAAGUGUAAGCCUGAGAAAGUGGGCGUGUCUGUUGAUAACAACGAAGGAGUUAUCUCUUUCUAUGAUGUCGAUGCGUCUGCUCUGCUCUACUCCUUCACUGGGGUCAGCUUUAAGGAGAAGCUCCAGCCUUUCUGUUGUCCAGAUCUUCUGUAUGAGGAGUUCUUCUCCGGAGGCCUGUGCCUGGGCUGUGAUGAUGUUAGGAGACAAGAUUAG